UAUGUUCAUUUUGGAAAUGUGACUCCAAUGGAAGUUGACAAAAGAGAGUUGUAUGGUCCAGAAGUUCAAAAAGAAUCUGUUCCAUAAAAUAUUAAAAUUGGGAGGGGAAACGCAAAAGGGAAGAGGAAGAAAUGAGGUUUCGACUUAGUAAUCAGCCAUGGCCACUCUCUUGGCUUCGAUUGCGACCUGCUUGCUGUUUCUCUCUGCUUCAUUCGCUUCCACUACAGUCUUCAUGUGGGAUAGCAUUUGAUAUAGAUGGGGUUAUACUCCGUGGCCGAACUCCAAUUGGGAAUUCUCCCAGUGCUCUCCGGAGACUGUAUGAUGAGUCGGGCAAUCUGAAGCUUCCCUUUUUGUUCUUGACAAAUGGAGGUGGCAUCCCAGAGUCUAAAAGAGCUGCUGAGUUAAGUGAACUCCUUGGAGUAAAGAUAUUACCUGCUCAGGUUGUGCAAGGGCACUCACCUUUUAGAAAUUUGCUAAAGAGAUAUGAGAAUGAACUAAUUGUUGUCACCGGAAAAGGUGAACCUGCUGAAGUGAUGUCUGCAUAUGGUUUCAAAAAAGUUCUCUCCCUGGAAGAGUAUACAUCAUACUUUGAUGACAUUGAUCCCGUAGCUCAAUUCAAAAGAUGGACAAGAACAACAAAGCCCUUUAAUUGGCCAAGACAUUCUUCAGAGUUGGCACCACAGAUAGAUGUUUACUCUGAUAGAGUUAAAGCAGUAUUUGUUGCCAGUGAUCCUGUUGAUUGGGGGAGGGAUAUACAGGUCCUCUGUGAUAUUUUGACAUCUGGAGGUCUUCCUGGGAAGGAGUGUGAGCAUCAGCCAUAUUUAUACUUUGCUGCCGAUGAUCUUGAAUACCAGAAUAGCUUCUAUUCUAGCCUCUUGAAUGAUGUUUGAUUAUUGAGAGUACUAAUCGGGUGUCA